UGCGGGUGGAGCCUCGGGCCGACCCAGCCGCGUCGCGUCGCGCCGCCUGCCGGGUUGACGUGGCUGGGUCCGGGCGGGGAGAUGGCGGACGACAGCAGGCAGAACAAGCUGGCGGCGGCCAAGAAGAAGCUAAAAGAAUAUCAGCAGAAAAACAGCCCUGUGUCCACAGCGGGGGCCAAAAAGAAACGGAGAGGUAAAGAAGCAAGCCGCCCAGAGACGCCUGUUAGUGAUGGAGUACAAUCUCCUGAAAACAUUGAGAACCUUCUGAAGGUGCUGGUGUCCGACUUUAACGGCUCCAAUGGGGUAGCCAUACCUUCCUUGGACAAGUGGAAGAUCGGUGACACUGAUCAUAACACUGUGUUGGACGAAAAUAGGUCCCUCUCGACGACGGAGAGCCUCCGCAAGCUCUCUGAGCAGCUGAACGGCAUGGUCAGCCAGGUAAGAAGCCAUCUUUGA